CGGAAGUUGAUGUCGGUUGGCUCUACGGUGUCAAUACCGGCAGCUUGAUGCUGUUACAACAACUCUCCCGACGACGUCAGUGACAGUUGAGUCCUUUCGCUGCUCAGUGCAAACGCUGCUGGGCAAAACCCUCUGGAAGAGCCUAUUAAGUGGAUGCACGCAGGCCCAGCUGCGCCGAGUCCUCCCUGCGAUCUGCACGGUUUGUCCUCCUCCAUGGAAUAAUUCUCGGGACAGUUUUCUGCCUCGGUGCCCGCCCGCCAUCCAUUUUGAUCGCAUCCGAAGGGAGUGUUGCAUCUUGCGAGAGUUGGGACAGUCGUGAUGCUGGGAGUCGGAGGCCAGCGUCGGAGACCAUGAGGCGGACAGGGAAGUGACCUCGGUGGACUCUACGGCCUGAGGGUGCCGCUCACUGGCACCAUGGCAUCCAAAGAGAGACUGUACGAGGUCUGGAUGCUCUACUGCACCAAGAGGGAUCCGGACUACCUGAAGUUAUGGCUGGAGAUUUUCAUCAGCUCCUACGAGCAAUGCCUGGAUGUGGACUUUGAAAAGCCUCUGUCGAGGCCCGAGGAGGUGCCCCCGGUGUUGACGCUCCUCCCUGACAACAUCCUGCAGGUUCUGCGCCACCAGCUGCUGCAGUGCGUCCAGAAAGCUUCUGACGGCCUGGAGCCAGAGCAGCAGAACCUGGCUCUGCUGCUACUGAAGUUCCUCAUUGUCAUCUGCAGGAACCUGUCCAACGUGGAGGAGAUCGGCACCUGCUCUUACAUCAAUCACGUCAUCACCAUGACAACACUCUACAUUCAGCAGCUGAAGAGCAGGACCAAAGAGAAAGAGAUGGCGGACCAGAGCCAGGCGGAGGAGUUUGUCCGUCACGCACUAGCAUUCUGCGAGAGCCUCUAUGACCCGUACCACAACUGGAGGCAUCGAACCUGCGGGGAGCAGCUGGGCAAGGUAGAGAGGAGCAGGCAGAAGUACAAAGCGGCUCCGCUCACCGUGGAGUUUGUUCCUUUCUUUUACCAGUGCUUCCAGGAGAGUGAGCACCUGAAGGAGAGCCUGAAAUGCUGCCUACUCCACCUGUUCGGAGCCAUAGUAGCUGGUGAUCAGAGGAAUGCUCAGCUUGCCAUUUCUCCAGCCACCAUGGAGGUGUUGAUGCGGGUGCUGGCCGACUGCUCCAUGGGGGGCUGCUCCUCGGACGAGGGCGAGGACUGGGACAGCGAGGCCCCCGACCACAAGGCGCUGCUAACCCUGGGAUGCCUGCGGGAAGUGGUGCAGCGCCUCCUGGCCUCGAGCUCCGACCAGCGGCAAGUUGAGAUCGCCUCUGUGCUGGAAAACUACUUCAAGCUGCUCAACUCCGACCCGGCAGCCGUUGUAGCUUCCCAACUUCAAGAGCAGCAGCAGCAGCAACAACAACAGCAACAGCAGCAGCAAAAACAACAACAACAGCAGCAGCAAGCAAAGGGCAGCGUGCCGACGCUUGGCCGACACUGGGAGAGCCGGUUUGUUGCCCUGCAAGUAAAUAUGCUAGACACCAUCAGGGACAUGUUCCUGUGUUCAGACCGUCCGGUUCUACAAGCCAUUUUCCUCAACAGUAACUGUUUUGAACAUCUGACGCGACUUCUGCAAAACAGCAAGCUGGUUAACGCGAGAUGCACUGCGGCAGACAAGGACCAGAAAGAUAUAACCAACAACAGGUUACUGACAGGAGAGAGGGACACUCAGGUGUUUCAAGGGCGACUAGACUCCCUCGCUGUGGCGACCAUCAAAGCCCUGACAACGGUGAUGCGUAAAUCUCCUGCUGCAAAGGAGGUGUUUAAGGAGAGGAUCGGCUACAAUCAUCUGUACGAAGUGCUCACCUCACUCGGCCAGCCGUCGCGACUCCUCCUCAAGGAGCUGAUGAACAUGGCGGUGGAGGGGGAGCACACCUCAGUGGGGCUCCUGGGCAUCAGCAACGUGGAGCCCUUGCUGCUGCUGGCCCAGUGGCUCCCGGAGCUGGACUCGUCGGAGCGGCAGCUGUUCACGGCCGACUGGCUCCGCCGCCUCAGCUGCCUCAACCGCCAGACCCGUGCCACGUGCGUCAAUGCCGCCAUGAUCAUGCGAGUGCUGGCGGGCCUGGAGCGCGACCAGCGGCUACACCGGGCGUGCGCUGAGAGCUUGUUGGGGCUGGUGGGCUCACUGGGCUCCCAGUCGUUGGCCGCCGGGGAGCUCCUGGGACUCCUUCGCCUUCUCAGGCCUCCAGAAUCCACGCAAGUUCACCCAUAUGUGGGUCCCGCCCUGAGGGCCCUACUGGCUAUGGUGCGAAAGCAAGGCCUGGAGAGCGCCAUGCAGUAUUUUGACCUGACCCCCAGCAUGGCGGGCAUUGUGGUUCCAACAGUGCAACGCUGGCCCGGCUCGGCCUUCAGCUUCCUCGCCUGGUUGUCGCUAGACCAGGACCAGCUGGGCCCACUUAGCAAAGACAAGAGGAAGCAGCUCUACAGCUUUUUUACCCCUGGGGGGACGGGAUUCGAGGCUUUUAUCAGCUCAGCGGGUGUGCUGGUGGUGGCCGUGUGCACAAAGAAAGAAUACGUCACAGUCAUGCUGCCCGACUACUGUUUCUGUGACUCGCUCUGGCACAGUAUCGGUGUGGUUCACGUACCGGGAAAGAGGCCAUUUGGACAGAGUCUCGUAUACAUUUACGUGGACGGGCAGCAGAAACUGUCCGCCCCCCUCAAGUAUCCCACCAUGACAGAGCCAUUAAUUUCCUGCUGCAUCGGCUCAGCGGGCCACCGGACCACCACUCCGCCUCCCUCACAGAUCCCGGACCCUCCCUUUUCCUCCGUCACCACCCCCACCACUCGCUCCUCGCUGGGGGCCAUCUUGUCGCCGCAGACCUGGGGGGGCCUGCUGGGGGGAAAGCCGGAGUCUCUGACCAAGCUCAUCUCUGCAGGGACCCAGGACAGUGAGUGGGGGAGUCCUACCUCACUGCAAGGCCAGCUAGGAGGCGUCAUGGUCUUCCAUGAACCCCUGCAGCCCAACCACAUAAAAGCCAUCUGUAGUGCUGGUCCAAAUUGCAUCUCUCCAUUUAAAGCCCAGGAGUCUGAAUUCGGCGACCUCUCAACCAAAUUGCUGCUUCACUACUCACCCAAGGCGUGUAGGAACCCCAUCUGUCUCGAUCUGUCUCCGAACAUGCUGCAUGGACGCCUGACUGGCAAUAAAGUGGUCAACUGGGAAAUCAAGGAUAUGAUCAACUGUGUGGGCGGUCUGCCGGUGCUCUUCCCCAUCCUGGAGCAGCUGACUCUGAUCAUCCCGGAUCAACAGCCCAGUGAUCCUGCCGCCGGGUCAGAUUUAAUUACUCCUGAUGUGACCACGCCACCCGACGGAGAUUGGGUCCUAUUGCCAUCCAACAGGGCUUCAGAGGCACGCCUGGAGAAGAAUCUGGUGGCCACUUUCUUGUUGGUUCUAAAGCAUUUCCUGCAGAGGCACCCUAUCAACCAGGAGAAUCUGCUCCACUCGCAUGGUGUCGGCACACUGGGAGCCCUGCUGCAGAAGCUGCCAGCAGGUCAUGUGGACGUCAGCGUCCUGGUCGCUAUGCAGCUGCUGAUAGAACAGGUGACCUAUGAGAAGAACCAGGUUCUGCUGCAGCAGCUUCACACACACCUGCUGUUCAACUUUAACAUCUGGAACAAAGGAGACUUCCCUUUACGCAUAGGUCAUAUCCAGUACAUGUCCACUGUCAUCAAAGACAACAGGAAGCAGUUCAGAAAAAAAUAUGGAGUCCAGUUCCUCCUGGACACCGUGCGCCUUUAUUACGGGCGAGGCACCAGCAAUAAAGAGAGCGACCUCAGCGAGGACGACGUCUGCACCAUCCGGGCGUCUCUCUGCGGCCUCAUCAAGUACUACAUCAGCAAGGGCAUGUCGCAGGAGGAGAUGCAAAGCAUUCUGGGAUACAUCGCUGCCAUCGGAGACGAGGAGCAGCUGUGUGGCAUGCUGGAGUUGUUACUCAGCCUUCUUCAGACCAGUCCUGCCAGGGACCAGCUCUUCCUGCUCCUCUUCGAGCCCGGUGCCGCCGACUCCUGCUACGCUCUUGUGCUCAACAACAAAUACUCAGACCGACUGCGGGAGCUCGUCUUUAAGUUGUUUGAGCGCAUGUUACGCUGCGACCGCGUCUACGAGAAGAAUAAGCAGCGCUUGCGGCUGAGGGAGACGGGUUACGCCGGCCUGUCGCUGCUCUUAUCCGAAAUUCACAUCACUCCUACACUGAUCCGCUGUCUCCUCAACCAGGUCCUCCACACAGACCACGUGGUGAACUACAAGGACCUGAUGGCCCUGGUCCAGCUCACUCACCGGGCCGGACCCAGCGAACGUCUCCUCGUCUGCAAGAGGGUGUACCAGCUGCUACAUUCCCAACAAGACGCUGCCGUCCAGAUCUCUAAGCAGCAGUGUUGGCAGGACACCCUCGUUCGGCUCUACCUGCGUAGCGACGGGUCCCAGCCGCAGCGGGGCACCGACACCAUCAGCGCCUGCAGUCUGGACCUGAGUCGUGGCGGAAGUGCCGCCAACCGCCUGGAGCUGCCCCUGGAGAAGAGGGUGCGGGCAGGUAGUGGCGGCCGUCUGGAGGACGACCGGCUGAGUGUAAGCGACAACCGGUCGGUGGACAGCCUGGAGAGCGGCGACGUCCUCUCGUUGCUGGACACGCCAUCCUCCUCGGCCUCAGCCGAGCCGCAGCCGCACGUCAAGCCCUGGUCGGUGGGGAAGUCUGGCGGCUUGAUGCUGGAUCUGUCCCACCUGCAUUCCUUCGAGGUCGGGGACGGCGGCUGUCAAACACCCGGCAGUCCGGCCAGCACGCCGUCGCCGCUGGAGACUUCUAAGCCUUUCCCAGGGAGCACUGGAGAGCGUGAUGCGACCUCGUCCCUGGCAGAGGACAGUUUUCUCUUCAGCGACAACAUCUCAUUGGGGGAGUCCUUCAACAACGCCGAGCGGGCAGAGGAGGAGCUGUGCCACAUGCUGCUGGAGAUCUUGCUGUACGUGAUGUGGCGCGGGGUCGAAGGCUCGGACGACUCAGCGUGGUUGGAGCGCGGCCAGGUCUUCUCUGCCCUCGCCAAGCUGGCGACCGCAAAUGAACUGCUGCUGCCCGUCGACCGAAUCAAGCUGAGUCUAAUGGAACGCAUGUUGGAGUGGGCGGUGGUUGAUAACCGCGAGGCGUCGGCCGCCACGUUGCCACAGCACACGGAGAAUGCCGUGCGCUUGCUUCACAUGGUGCAGGACUUCUUGCAGGCGGAGGGCCUGGUCAACCCGGCGCUGUGGACAGAGAAGGUGCUGGAGGAGACGGUCACCCUGAUGGACAGCCUUAUGGUGUGGUACUCGGCCGGCACUCAGUGGUUCCAACUCUCCCAAGUUGGACUGCGGCUGCUGCUGGGCUUCAUGGCUCAGGAAGACCCUGAAGUGUGUGCCUUGGCCACAGCCAAGCUCAACGGCAUCCUGCAGACCAAGCAGGUGUCCAGCCAGGACGAGGCCUGCUACCUCCUGGGUAGGGUGGAGGGCAUCCUGCGGCGCUCCAUCCAGGAGCAAAGGGAGGAGACGUACUGCUUCCUUGUCCCCCUGCUGCGAACGCUGCUCGCCAAAGUCCACCGCCUCCUCUUCAUCGAGCUGCACCUCCCCCAGCUGCCCGACACCAACGGCAGCCCAUCCUUCUUCGAGGACUUCAAAGUGUACUGCGACUCCCCAGAGUGGCGCGUCUACCUCGACAAAUAUAUUAUUCCGUACAUGAAGCAGUAUGAAAUUGAAACAUUCAGCCAGGGCCACGAGACCAUGGCUCUCUACUGGAAGGAGUGCUACGAGGCGUUCAUGGUCAGCCUGCAUAAGAGAGAGAGGGAGAGGGGUGAGAGCAAGAUCCGCUUCCAGGAGCAAUUUGUGGAGCCUUUCUCACGCAGAGGGCGGCAGGAGAAUUUGCGCUACAACAGCAUGUUGAAGCAGCAGCACAGCCAGAACAGCGCCACCCUGAGGCAGUGGAAGGCAGCACGCCGAGGUCUGGUGUGUGAGAGAGGGACCUGGGCUGACAGGCAGCAGGACGAAAUGCACUGGAGGGUGUCCAGCGCCGAGAACUUCUCCCGCAUGAGGCUAAAGCUGGUCCGCAAUUACAACUUUGACCCACACCGAGAAGCCAGCGCUCUGAGAGACAACCUGGGUGUUCAUCAGAAGCGGGUCAACGCAGAGUCUCUGCUACUAGAGGCUGCGAAGCAGGUCAAAGUCAGCGACCUGGAAGACGACAUCCUGGAGCUGCCGGAGGACGACCCGACCGCCGCCAACAACCAAAUUGAAGCAGAGGAGGCGGGCCAGAAGGAGAAGCUAGUGCUGUGGGAGGACUGCGAGCUGGUGACUGUGGUGGACGUGGUGCCCGGCCGCCUGGAGCUUACCACCCAACACAUCUACUUCUACGACAGCAGCCAGGAGAAAGAGGAAGGAGUGGGCCACGAUUUCAAAUGGCCCCUGUCUCAGAUUAGAGAGGUCCACCUUCGACGGUAUAACCUACGCCGCUCUGCUCUGGAGAUCUUCCUCAUUGACCAAACCAACUACUUCCUCAACUUCAAGAAGGAGGUGAGGAACAAGGUCUACAGCCGCAUGCUGCUGCUGCGAUCGCUCAGCCUCUAUGGAACCCGCUCGCCCCAGGAGCUCCUCAAAGCCUCUGGACUUACACAGAAAUGGGUGAACCGGGAGAUUUCCAACUUCGACUACUUGAUGCAACUCAACACAAUUGCAGGCAGAACGUACAACAACCUGGCUCAGUAUCCAGUGUUUCCCUGGAUUCUAGCUGACUACACUUCAGAGGAGCUGGAUCUGUCUGAUCCCCGUGUAUUCAGGGACCUGUCGAAGCCAGUGGCGGUUCUCAACGAACGCAAUGCGAAGGCUGUUAGAGAAAAGUAUGAAAGUUUCGAGGACCCAACAGGCACCAUCGACAGGUUCCAUUAUGGCACCCACUACUCUAACGCUGCUGGAGUGAUGCACUACUUGAUCAGGGUGGAGCCCUUCACAUCUCUGCACAUCCAACUGCAGAGCGGACGGUUUGACUGCGCCGACCGCCAGUUCCACUCCAUCCCCGCGACAUGGCAGACCCUCAUGGACAACCCGAACGACGUCAAAGAGCUCAUCCCAGAGUUCUUCUACUUUCCAGAAUUCCUUGAGAACAAAAACGGCUUCGAUCUGGGUCGCCUGCAGAUCUCCAAGGAAAGGGUCAAUGAUGUCAUUCUGCCCAAAUGGGCCAAGUCCCCCGAGGACUUCAUCUACAAACACCGCAAAGCCCUGGAGUCAGAGUACGUAUCGGCUCACCUUCACGAGUGGAUCGAUCUCAUCUUCGGUUACAAGCAGAGGGGCCCCGCAGCGGUAGAGGCCCUAAACGUCUUCUACUAUUGCACAUAUGAGGGAGCGGUCGACCUGGACGCCAUCACAGACGAAAAGGAACGCAAGGCCCUGGAGGGCAUGAUCAGUAACUUUGGACAGACGCCCUGCCAGCUCCUCAAGGAGCCUCAUCCAGUGCGACUACCUCUGGAGGAAGUGGAGAAAAGGAAGGCUCAGCUUGACUCGUGUCAUUUCAGCAUGUUCGAACACCUUAGCGACCUCAAGUCCUUCUUUGUCGAGGGCAUCAGUGACAACGUGCCGCUAGUUAAAGCCGUGGUGCCAAAGAAUCAGUCCCAUUCCUUCAUCACUCAGGGGAGCCCUGACACCUUGGUGACGGUGAGUCAGAACUGCCUGGUUGGGACCCACGGGUGGCUGCCUUACAACAAGAAUAUCUCCAACUACUUUACCUUCAUCAAAGACCCCACCGUGUUCAACGCCAAGACCCAGCGUUUCCUCUCUGGACCAUUCGCCCCUGGCGUGGAGGUAACCGCGGGGCUCUUUGUGGCCUCCCACGACGGCAAGCUGCUUUUCAGCGGCGGCCACUGGGAUAACAGCCUCCGGGUCACCUCCCUGGUUAAGGGCAAGACUGUGGGACAGCACAUCCGACACAUGGACAUUGUGACCUGCUUGUCAACAGACCACUGCGGCAUCCACCUGAUCUCCGGCUCCAGAGACACAACCUGCAUGGUGUGGCAGGUUCUGCAGCAGGGUGGAGCUCCUGUGGGUCUUCAUCCCAAACCAGUUCAGGUGUUGUAUGGACACACGGACGAGGUGGUCAGUGUCAGCAUCAGCACAGAACUGGACAUGGCUGUUUCCGGAUCACGGGACGGGACGGUGAUAAUCCACACGGUGCGUCGGGGUCAGUACAUGCGUUGCCUGCGGCCGCCGUGCGACAGCUCCCUGCCGCUCUCCAUCCUCCACCUGGCCGUUUCUUGGGAGGGUCACCUGCUGGUCCACACCUGCCUCGAAGGCAAAGCAACGCUCAAGGAUAAAAAUGCCCUCCACCUUUACUCCGUUAAUGGGAAGCACCUCUGCAGCGAGCCUCUGAAGGAGCAGGUGACCGACAUGUGUGUUUCUGGGGAGUUUGUGGUCAUCGGCAGCGAGCAGGGAUACCUGUCCAUCCGCGACCUCUACAGCCUGUCGCUGUCCGCGGAGCCCAUGGCCAUGAGGGUGCCGGUCCGCUGCGUCUCGGUCACCAAGGAGCAGAGCCACGUCCUGGUGGGCCUGGAGGACGGCAAGCUGAUCAUCGUGGGCGUGGGCAAGCCGGCGGAGGUAAAGAGCUCGCUGAGGAACUACAUCGCUCAGAGCCUGGAGGGAUCGCCGCUCUUGGCCUCCCCCCUGCUGGCCCCGCUGCGGGCCCGCUCGCCGACCCGACUGCUCCACCAGCGCGACCAGCUGGUGUUCAGCCCCACUUCCAGCUCCCAUAAACCCAGGCGGCUCUAGUUCCCCGCACCCCACCUAGGCAAUCACACACACACACACAGACACAGAUGCACCUGCUGCACAUAUUGCCUGUGUUGCAAUGCUUAAAAGGCUUAAAGACCUUUUAAUGUAGCCCACCCCUCCUUCUCAGGGAUGGUUGUCGCCCCUACAGUUCUUUAUUCCUCCCUAAUCAAACCACACACACAGACUUGGGUAUAUCCGUGCCAAACAGAUUUAACUCUUUAGGUGGACUUUUUGUGCUUACCUCAUUCUUGCAAUGUUUGACAUGAUUGGGCAGUUGACCAACUCCAACCCCUGCUGUUUACCCAAAGUGUCAAUAUGUGGCGUGCUUGUGUGUACUUCACCACUACAACAAAUAUGCUGUGAAACAAAACUUAAGACUAAUUAACCCUUUCUGCAAAUUCAAGCCAUAUAAAAAUAGUGUAGCCACAAUCUAAUAAUGCAAACCAAUAAUCCUGUGUUAAGAUCGACUUUAGUGUUUUGAUAGUGAUAAAUAGUGCGGUAGUGUAGAUGGGCUCGAUGUCAGCAUUUAAUCAUCAUAUGUGAACCAUUGCACCGUUCUGCUUUUCAUCUUUUCUCACCAAAGUGAAUCAACCGGUGAUUGACUCGCCUCCCAAGUCAAUCAAGCUGCAAUGAACUAAUCGAUCACUCAUGAAUCAUAUCGCUCCUUUCUUUCUUCCCGGUUUCCUUUGACUUCACGUUUCACCUCCCCCGCCCUUCUCCCCUCCAUCCCACUUCCUCCUCUUCUUCCUCUGCUUUUCGCAGAUGCGCUCGGGCCAGAUCACACGGAAACUGUGGGGCUCCAGCAAGAGACUGACCCAGAUCUCCUCGGGGGAGACAGUCUACAACACGCAGCACGACCACAACUGACCCAAUCCCCCGAGCCCUUAAAUCCUCCCUCCCCACGAGCAUCCCACAUUCCUGUCACCCAGUUUGCCUCCAUGCCUGUCAAUCCACCAACGGUUUGCUUCAUUCUGUCCAAGGAACUCCCUUUAGUUCCUCCCACACUUUUCCACUGUCUUACCGUGCGUGCACAUUCAUGCAUCUGUUGUGUUUUUCUAUUCUUUUUUUUGUUGUUGUUGUUGCUGCUGCUUUGGAUUGAGCGCAAGGCGCUGGCGCCAGGGUUAUAAUCCAGCCUUAGCGGCACCACUACCAAACCCCAUGGCUCCUGACCCCAUGGCUAGCCAUCCUCACUUUUACGUGAUACUAAUGUGUCUGCGGAGGUGUGCACGCUCUGUCAAAAUGUAGUUUUGAAGGGCCUUUUUCGUCCCCCUCCCUCUUAGCUUCCCUUCAAUACAGACGGGCGGGCCUGUUCUCUGUAGGCAGAGACUUUUCAUGGUUGCAACACAGCAGCCUUAAAAUGCAGUAAGAGCGCUCCAUCACUCACAAGACCAAACUCGCCUUUCUUAUGCAUUCUUGUAUAUAUAAUUAUAUUUAUAUAUAUAUAUGUAUAUGUAUGUGUGUGAGGGGAGGUUUUAUUGAUUUCUUUGGGGUUUUUUUCUCCGGGUUUGUUUUUUGGUCGUGUUCAUGCAUGUGCCCCAGCGACUUGUCAUCGUUUUUUUGUAUGCAUAACCUUUUUGGUCCAUUUUGAGAUUAGGCAGCAUCAACAGCGGUGAUUGUUUUCUUGUUUUUUUUACCGCUUCGAUAUAGCUGACGUGUUUUGUUCUAGAAACAUCUGUAGAGUCUGUCUUGAAUGUCGGCAUGUCAUUUCCGAUAUGGUUUUGUAAAAGUCAAUAUUUUCACUACGCACAAAACACUACAUUUUCAUGUGACGAUCCAAAUUGGCAGUAGACGUGACUUUGAAGUCACUAAACACAUUGAAUGUUUUAAUUUACUUGAAUCCAUGCUUAUUUAUAAGUAAAAAUAGCCGUUUUUAAAAUCCCACCUUAUCUCUUGACUACAUACACUGGUAUUGCAUAUUUAAAACUGUACUGACUGUUCAGACACCUGCAAAAUAAGGAGAAAGACGGAAUCCUCAAGGGCUUAACGAGAUGUCCGUGUUAACGGUAGCACAGCUCCUUCCUGUUCCUUUAUGUCCCGUCUUUGCUGCUCUGCCAGCUCUUUAUCUCCAGUCUUCCUAUUGCUUCACUGAGACGCAAAAAUGCACCACAUCUCCCUCAUGCUCACAUCGUUGCCUAUGACUGGCAUCUUUUAUUUUGACAUCUCAUUCUCCUUCCUGCUAAUUGUGAAGUGAGUCUUUUUCUUGUUUUUUUCUGGGACAUUGAGAAGGCUUGCGGGCCUUUUUGAGAUUGAUUGGAAGACUACUGUGUGAAUGCAAAAAAACAUAGUGAUUUAUCUAUCUCUGCACCAUACCUACGUGUGUGUGUGUGUGAGUGAGGACAUGCCAAUAAUAUGUUUUCUUUUUUUCUGAUUGAGUAGAGCAUGGCAGACCUUGAUUGUUUUAGGUCAUUGUUCAUGGACUUUGCAUCCCACAUAUGGCUUCUGUGGGUUUUUUUCUCUAGAUGUGAUUUUGUAUUUAGUUUUUAUUUAAAUGUCACAGCAAGAUGGGGCGCAAAGACCAAUCUGUGUCCUCCUUUCUGAGGUUUCCAUGAAAGUUUUUCUUUGUUGGCUCAUCCACAUUUUAUCCUUAAGACAAUAGACCACUGUUUGAGUGUUUUCACGACUGCAACUAACAGAGUGCCUUUAUCCCAUUGUGGCAUGAAAACAUGUUCUUCUCAUCGCCGAAACUCAUCAUCCCCCCCCCCGACCUUACGGUAAAUCUAAGGAAAGCAGCAUUCCAGACAUUAAACCUCCACAGUUUCAACGGAUGCCAAGAACCAUAGGACUUCAAUGCGAAAUCAAAAAAAUAUACAAUUUUGUGUCUUAGCAAUGUUCUCUGUGACUGUCACCAAAUGGAUGUUUGUAUAUCUGUGAUUAUUUAUGAAUACAGUAUAUAAUGUACAGCAUGAUUUUUAUUUCAGUGUAUUUGAAAUGUACUUUUGCACUUUCCAGGUACUAAAUUGUAAGAAUUUGUUUUAACUGGGCUCCCUAGACUGUAUAAACUGCUUUGUAUACACAGAAGUGGAAAAUGAUCAUUAAAGUCUUGUCUAAAUUCAAAUAGUUUGUAUUAG